UUCCUUUGAAUUUAGAAUCUUUCUUUGUUCUGGUUUGUCAUGGACUUGCUUUUCCGUUUUUUUGUUUAUAACUGGUUUGACCAUUGAUUGUUUCAAAAACUUGUGCCAGGAAUACCAAUGGCAAUGACUACAGUUUGUAUCUUUUCUUGAAUUGUGCUGUAUAAAAUUGGGUGCCCGAUUUUGACCUCAGGCACAUUCAAGUCUUGUUAUGGGUUUUGUUUAUUUUUGUUUGAAAGUCGUGCUUAGACUCUGAAAAGUUAUAUUUGUUUUCAUUUCUUUCUAAUCAGUUUGUUGUUUGUCCUUUCAAGUUUGGAGGUUUCCGAAGGAUGACCCGUCGAUUGCGGCUGCUCGACGACGAUUACCCGUUCUAAGUCGUAAUUCAAUUCUGUUUAGCUGCUUAUUCUCUCCGAUACUUUUCUGUAUUUGGUGUCAAAUGUUGUGCGGAGUUAAGAAGAAUGCUGGAGCUUUUAGCGAUCACAUAGGACAUAGUUGCGUGCUAUUAGCGAUCUUGAAUUAAGUUUGUAGUUUGAGGCUCUAUUUGAAGAUUUGUUAGUAUUAUGGCCAAAAUGGAACAAAAGGGGGGAGAGAACUGGAGAGAAAUGGUGAAAAAUAUGCUACCACCAGGAACCUCACUCCCGGAAGAUGCUAGUGAUAUGGAUUACUCUAUUGCUUUGGAGUAUGAGGGCCCGCCAGUUACUUAUGAAGUCCCUAGAGUGGAACCCGUUGAUGUAAAUUCACGUGCAAUCCCAACUGCAGAAACCCUAUCUGAAUCACAAAGAGCUUCUGCUAAUAUGGCUCCUCCAGUGGUUGAACCUAUACCCCUGCCGGUGUCUCGUAUUGUUGGUUUCACGAGUUCACCUGCUCAGAGUCCACGGGUGUCAGGCAGUUCGGAGUCUGUGGUGUCUGUCUUGCAGAACCCCGGUUCUUCUUCAGCUUCUCCCUCAGCUUCACCGGGUUCGGUUCAUAAUCCUCCUAAAAAGGUUGCUAAUGAAGUAAGGAGAGCUCCGGUUGUCACUUUUAACACGGUCGAUAGAUCUGAGAGGAAAGAGGUUGAGGUGGGGAAGCCAGAUUUUAUGGAUUAUGUUGGGAUUUCAAAAGAAAAGAAGAAAAAGAAAAGUAGAGUUUGUUAUCGGUGUCAAAAGGGGAAGUGGGAGACAAAGGAGUCAUGCAUGGUAUGUGAUGCUAAGUAUUGCAGCAAUUGUGUGCUUAGAGCAAUGGGAUCGAUGCCUGAAGGGCGCAAGUGUGUAACCUGCAUUGGUCAGCCGAUCGAUGAAUCAAAGCGGCUGAAAUUGGGUAGACAUUCAAGAGUAUUAUCCCGAUUACUCAGUCCUUUGGAAGUCAAGCAGAUUAUGAAAGCAGAGAAAGAAUGUUCUGCUAAUCAGCUUCGACCAGAACAGCUAAUUGUCAAUGGAUUCCCACUUAAGCCAGAAGAGAUGGCAGAACUUCUUGGAUGUCCUUUGCCUCCACGGAAAUUGAAGCCCGGUAGAUAUUGGUAUGACAAGGAAUCUGGUCUCUGGGGAAAGGAGGGAGAAAAACCUGAUAUAAUCAUAAGUUCAAACUUAAAUUUCACUGGUAAACUAAACCCUGAUGCAAGCAGUGGGAAUACUGAAGUUUACAUCAAUGGACGAGAAAUCACGAGGCUCGAGUUGAGGGUCCUUCGGCUGGCAAAAGUUCAGUGUCCUCGUGACACUCAUUUUUGGGUCUAUGAUGACGGCCGUUAUGAAGAGGAAGGUCAGAAUAAUAUUAGAGGAAACAUUUGGGAGAAGGCAUCAACACGGUUUGUCUGUAGCCUUUUCUCUUUACCGGUACCCCAUGGUCAACCUCAUGGACCCAGAGAUGAGGCUAGCAAUUAUACAACGGUUCCGAAUUAUCUGGAGCAGAAAAAAAUUCAGAAGCUUCUUCUUCUUGGACUUCAAGGCUCUGGAACCAGCACUAUCUUUAAGCAGGCCAAAUUUUUAUAUGGGAACAAGUUUGGCACAGAAGAAUUGCAGGAUAUUAAGCUGAUGAUCCAGAGUAACAUGUAUAGAUAUAUCAGCAUUUUGCUUGAUGGGCGGGAGCGCUUUGAGGAGGAGGCUGUGUCUAGAAUGACAGCACUAGGUUCCAAUAAUCAGAACACUGAAACAGAUGGAGAGGUGGACCCAAAUAAAAGUAGUCAAAGUGUCUAUUCCAUCAACCCAAGGUUGAAGCAUUUCUCCGACUGGCUUCUAGAUAUUAUAGCCACUGGAGACUUGGAUGCAUUCUUCCCUGCUGCAACUCGGGAAUAUGCUCCAUUAGUUGAAGAAGUGUGGAAGGAUCCUGCUAUACAGGAAACAUAUAAGAGAAGAGAUGAGCUUCACUUCCUUCCGGAUGUUGCUGAGUACUUCUUGAGCAGGGCUGUCGAGGUAUCUAGCAAUGAAUAUGAACCUUCAGAGAGAGACAUACUCUAUGCAGAAGGGGCGACUCAGGGAAAUGGUUUGGCUUUCAUGGAGUUCUUGCUUGAUGAUCGUAGCCCAAUGUCUGAAACCUACACAGACAAUCUAGAGGCUCAACCUCCACCUCUUACCAAAUACCAACUUAUAAGGGUAAAUGCCAAGGGGAUGAACGAGGGAUGUAAGUGGGUGGAAAUGUUUGAAGACGUUAAUGUGGUAGUCUUCUGUGUUGCCCUUAGUGACUAUGAUCAGAUCGGGCUGGCCUCAGAAAGUAGUGGAAGUGGAGCGGUACUUCAGAACAAAAUGAUGCAAAGCAAGGAGCUGUUUGAGAGUAUGGUUAGGCACCCUUGCUUUAAGGAUACCCCAUUUUUAUUGAUAUUAAACAAGUAUGAUCUGUUUGAGGAGAAGCUGAAUCGGGUGCCUUUAAGUGCCUGUGAUUGGUUCAAUGACUUCAGCCCGGUGCGGACCCAUAACAACAACCAGUCGUUGGCUCAUCAAGCAUACUUCUAUGUCGCAAUGAAGUUCAAAGACCUCUAUGCUUCCCUCACAAGUAGAAAGCUUUUUGUGUGGCAAGCUAGGGCAAGGGAUCGAGUGACCAUCGAUGAGGCAUUCAAGUAUAUAAGAGAGGUUCUCAAGUGGGAGGAAGAUAAGGAUGGGAACUGCUAUGGUGGAGCGGAGGAUUCGUUUUAUAGUACAGACGUGAGCUCCUCGCCAUUUGUCAGGCAAGAAUGAUGUGCUUUAGAGAUCUUAUAUGUAUUUGCUUAACUGAUAAAAGUGAGAGGUGGGAAAAAUUUAAUAUGCUUGCCAUCAUCUGCUCAUCAGGUUAUUCGUGUUUUUAUUUUCAAUCGCCAAUUUUUAGUGAUAAUGGCUGGGCCUGCUUCUUCAAGUUCAAAUUUUGGUGGGUGGGUUUUCUGAGUUUUGUCUGUGGUGGUUGUUGAUUGAUGUUAUGUAUAUAUGUUAGUUUAUUUGCAUUUGAAA